AUGCAAGGGCCUAGCGUGAAGCGCUCUGCUAGUCAAAUCGGCGCCUCUCUGUCAUCUGAUAACAAGCAAUCCUAUUCGCCAUACUCUACCGAGGCACUUAUUAACCCACCAGCAAAUAGAGUUCAUUGGUGUGCUGUUCUGCAUGGCAAACCAAGCUACAAGGCAAGCACCCGUCCGGCCCUGCUUGCUGCGUUAGAGGGGUGCAUUAUCGUACAAGCACAUCAGUCUUUACAACAAGCAGGAAUCUUUCACAGAGAUAUCUCAAUCCAUAAUAUGGUGAUCAAGAAGAAAGAAGAGAGCUUUUCGUGGUGUGUCUUAAUUAAUCUUGAUCUGGUCAUCAGAGGACAGGGAUUCGGUAUCACGGGAGCAACUGGAAAGACUGACGCAAAGGCCUUUGUAGCAAUUGGCGUGCUUCUGGGCUGGAUUUGCAUCCACUACAAUAAAUCAGGUGAGAGAGGAGUUUCUGCAAGAUUUGACCAGGGAAACUUUAUAGAUGCAGAGAGUUGGCUGGUACAUAUGAAGAAAGGCGAGAUAUCCGGUGAAGUGGAUUUCCUGAGGUAUGUGGGAGUGCUUCACAAAAUACAUACUACUGGCUAUUGCUUUCAUGCAUCAACGCACUUCGGAAGGCGCUUCUCCCCCAAUAGACGGAGGCGAUGGAAGGAAGAUAUAGGAUUUUAUGAUCAGAUAAAAGAGAUCCUGCGAGGCGCCCAAGAGGGCUAA